AUGUCUGAAUCUUUCCAGAAGGCCGUCGAGGACUCCAAGAAGCUCACUUCUAAGCCCGGUCCCGACGAGCUCCUCAAGCUCUACGCUAAGGGCAAGGCCAAGUACAACGCCUGGCAGAAGGUCGUUGAGGAUGAGCAGCUCACCCCUGAAACCGCUCAGAGCAAGUACGUUGAGCUCGUCGAGGAGCUCAAGGAGAAAUACGGCUACGACGCCAACAAGGUGCCCGAGACCGUUGGUGCCUAA